UUGUUAUAGAAAGCAUAAGAGUAUCAAAUACUUGGCAAUUCAACUCAAUAAGUCCUAGCUACUUCUAUUAGUUAAGUUAGCAAACAUGAAAUCUUCACUUCCCCAAAAUGUUACUACUCUACUCAUUUUCCUCUUCCUAAUAUUUCUAUCCUUUAACCCUUCAUCAGCAUCCACCAAACCAAGCACGAGUACGAACACGAGCACGAGCAGUACAAACUUCAUCAAAAAGUGCUGCUCCACCACAACAUACCCUAUGCUUUGCUACGCCACCCUUCUCCCACACGCCUCACAAAUCCAAAACAACCCGAAACGACUCGCUACCAAGGCCCUCGUCAUAGCACUCAUAGAGGCCAAGUCCGCGGCACAGACCACAGCCCGGCUUUCUAAGACCGGAGCACUUAAGCCCAUGGAGAAGGCAGCCUUAUCAGACUGCACCAUGGCCGUCGGAACCUCCGCCGCUCAACUUGAACGCUCAAUCGAGAAGAUGGGUGGGGCUCCGGCUUGGACGGAGACGGAGAUGGAGGCGAGCGACGUCGAAACAUGGACUAGCACUGCCUUAACAUAUGCUGGAACAUGUAGGGAUGCUUUUGAUGGAAGUGGUAUGAAUGGAAAUGUUAAGUUAAUAGUUCAACGUAAAGUUGUUAAGCUAAGUCAGUUGACUAGUAAUGCUUUGGCGCUUAUUAAGCGUUAUUAUGUUGCUGCUGCUAAAAUUGGUCAUCACCAUGAAAAUCAUCCUUAAAUUUGUUAAUUUAAUUUUGUUGUAUUAUUAAUUACUUUUGAUAAUCAUCGAUUAAAUUAGCUUGUUGAUGUAUAAGCCUAAAGGCAAGAAAAUCAUCCCUGAAUGUAUAAAUGUUACUCUUUAUUUUGUAAGACAAGUAAACAUUUCUUUGAUUUAGCUAUAUAUUAAAAUUUAA